CGCGCUCCUUCUUCGGUGGCUCUACCUCAUCCGCCUCCGGGAUGGCGGGCCGGCGCGCGACCCUGUUCCGGCUCGGGACGGACCCCGGCGGGGUGGCUUCAAAAACGGAGAGGCCGAAGAACGCAAGCUCUACGGCGAGACGGUAGCUACGCCCUACCGCGCGCCGCGUUUGUGCGCCAAUCUUUGCGCCUGUGUUACUAGCUUGGGCCUGUCGUCGGCCUUCGAUCGCCUGCCGCGCGCUGGGCCGGCCCGCCUACCUUCCGGGCCACCGCGGGGGCAGCCGCAAGGCAGGCACCUUGCUGCCUGCCGGCAUUGCCAGCCUGCGCCCCCUUGCGCGCACGUGGGGCAUUUCGCCGGCGCCGUUCAAGUGUUAGCUUGGCUUGCUGGGCGGCCCCGCCCCCCGCCCUUCCCACCAUCGCCCAUUUUGUGGGGUAGGUCUCCUCUGGUGGGCGCCCCCUUUUGGCGGUGGGUCUUGGGUGUUGAUAUAAGUCAGUGCAUGCUUUUGAUGUGUUGCGCAGCCAGCCGGCCCGCCGCGUUGGGCGCCUGCGGGAAAUUCUUCCUCUAGGCGGCUCCCGGCUUCUCACAGUAAGGCUAAGGGCACUCGAGGCCGCCGGUACGACGAGAAUGAAGGCCGGCCGCGGUCCCGCCGGGCAGCCCGGUGCUUUCUUUGUUUUGGGAUUCGCCUUUGGUCGUAUCUAUCAAUGAGUCUUCGGCUCAGCCGCGCGCGUUUUCGCGCAUCGGCCAGCAGCUCUAGUGCUUCCCUGCGAAGCAGACUGGAAUUGGG